CGCACUCACUGAACCAGCCCCACCCCAAAAUUCCCCUCCUUUGCUCUCUUCGCCAAUCGUCCCGUGAUCUUCGAGUCCCGAGGGUUCCGACGCCACACUGAAUGGCCUCUUACUGCCCAAACCACCCUUCCCAUCCCUGCCACCAACAACCUCCGCCUCUCCCGACCGCCUCCGCCCACUGCUACUGUAACCAUCCUCCCUAUAGCUGCCCUUCACCCCCACCAUCAACGGACCAGUUGCUCCAAGCCAUUGCUUCACUUCUUGGUCAGUUUGAUCCUGUUCCACCAAAUCUUUACACUCAAUGCGACCAAUCCGAGGCCUACAGGUUUCUUAAUCAGAACAAAUACCAUAAAUAUUCCUCUAAAAAUCGCCUGCGUCAACACGAACAACAGUCCCCUUCCGCUAUCGCCUCCCUUCUCUGCCGAAUUGAAGCCCUUGAAUCUUCUCUGCACUAUUUUUCUUCUUCUUCUUCGCAUGGCUGUCGUCCGUCUUUGAAUUAUUCCCUUCGGGACACGGCAGCUCGUGUCAUUCAAACCCACUUCCGCGCCUUCCUUGUUCGCAGAUCGAGAACCCUCAGGCAGCUUAAGGAGCUCGGGUGUAUCAAGUCGAGAUUUAAUGCUCUGAAAUCGUUGCUUUCCAAUGCCGCCCACGUUGAUUAUGCAGCUCUUUCCCGCGAGGUCAUGGAUUUGCUUCUCCAGCUUGAUUCUAUCGAAUGCUGCGAUCCGAUGGUCAGGGAUGGGAAGGGGUCCAUUAGCAGAGAUUUAGGACACUUUUUGGACUCCAUUGAAGGGGUUGCUGUGAAAAAGCAUUUGCGUUUAGUCAAAGCAACGAAGAAUGCGAGGUUUGGUCAAAACUUGGACAAAUCCAGAGUUUUAAACUCUAAACAUGGGGUUUUAGGUCGUGAUCAGAGGAGACUGUUGGAGAACCUUAGGGGAAGAGUGGACAGGAUUAGCCGAUUAUGUAAGCUUUCCGCAAAGGAGGAGGGGGACGUAAAAUCUGAGGGCAGUCUUCAUAUAAUCGAUGACACGACGAUGAUGAUGAUUGAUGAUGAUCCCAGUAUAGUAAUCAGAAGGAGAACGGGAGCAUCCCCAACUAACAAUGGGGUUUUUGUUCAAAGGCAAGAGAUUCAACGUCAACCUAGAACGAAGAAAAGCGUGAGCUUUGCAGAGAGUGGAAGUGUUUCUAAGAUCUACAGCAACACUUGUGAACCGGCUUUAAGUGAAGAUGCGACUUGUUUGGAUGGAAGUUCGUCUAGCGAUGAACAGGAAGAGAUUUUGGAGAAUAUUAGAAGUGAAGUGGAAGAUGUUCUGGAUUCUUCUCGUGGUGCUGAAGUUGAUGAGGAAGCCAUACUGGACAAUGGAGGAUCGGCACAGAGCAGUGAUGGCGAAAAAAGCUCCAAAAGGCAUCUCAAGAAUGAUUGUAAAAAUGAAGGGAAGGUCAUAUUUACUGCGCCAUUGCCUUUGAAGAUGGAAACUAGAGGUGAUUUGACGAAGAGCAAGGGUGUAAGAAUUUUGACUUGAAAGACCGCCGGUUUCUGUCUGUAAUUUUGUAGCAGUCGAUUGACUUUUGAUUGUGUUUGCACAAUUGGAUUGUAAGCUGUAUUUGUUUGGAUUUCAGAUUGAUCGGGCUCCCUUCCUUCUCUAAUGAAUCAUGGUUCUGCAAAUCGAUUUUGACUGUAUCAUUUAAACUCUUGACUUGUUACUCGAACUCUCCUCUUGUUCUUUUAAGCAAAGUCAUUUGUUCUCGUUGAA